AUGAUUGAUGAUGUUAAUCUAAUUGUGGACAUUGGAAAUACAAAAACAGUCGCAUAUCAAUCGAAACAGGGACAACCGGUAAUAUUUAAUAUCUACAACAACAAAGUUAUCUCAACUUUGCUUAUUUUUAGUGAAAGACAGAUCACUUUUGGCAAUGAAGAUACAUCCCAAGCGAACGAAAAUUCCACAUUUAGAAAUAUUAUACAUCAUUUUUUAUACAAAAAGAAGUAUUAUUUUGAGGAUAAAACUGAUACAUAUUUAAUCAGUCCACAAACAGCUCUUGCAUCAUUCUUUAAGAAAUUAUCAGAUGAAUCAAACGGAUCCACUCAUUUUUACACAAUUAUUCCAGCAUGGUGGCCAGAAGAAGAAGUAGCUGAAUUUGCCAAAGCUGCAGAGGUUGCUGGUGUCUCAAUUACUCCAAUAAACUCAUUUGAUGCAAUAGUUCACGGAUAUUUUAAUUUAGUCGAUGUAGAUUACGAAAUCAAGUAUAUUGUAUUUGAUAUUGGAAGCCUUGGUAUUCAGUGCUACAAGUUUGCCACAUAUAAAGACGAUUUUGAGUACCAAAACUACAGUUUCAUCGAAAUCGGAAAUAAAAACAUUUUAAAGUGUUUUUCUGAUGUAAUUUCCCAGCAAAUAGGUGAUGAAAAGAUGAGGAAAAUCUAUUCUAAGAAGAUUGGAUCAAGAUCUUACAAAAAUGCUGUUGAAAAGUGCCAAAAAGACAUGAUGGACUGGAAAUUAUCCAACUUUAAGCUCAUACAAGAAGAUAUUAACCUACAAGUCAAAAGAGAUGACAUUGAAAAAACAAAAUACUAUAAACAAAUUUCAAAAGUUCUCAAAGAGAAGAUUGCUGAGUUUAUUGGAAAUGAUUUCGAUUACCAUAUCGAAAUAUUAGGAAAUCCAUUUGCAAAAAGCUUUAUUUCAGAAUUAAUUGAAAAAAACCGUUCUGAAAAACAAAUUCCCGCGACAACUGACGCAAAAUGUUACAAUACAAUGACAGAAAGUGUACUUUGCUAUGGUGGCGUAAGCUAUUACAUCAACAGUAUUAAGAAUCCAAAUUUGAUUUCGAAAGAUUACGGAAGAAGCAAAGCUUUGAGUUCAAUUAAUGUAUAUAGAAGUUCAGGUCUCGAAAUUGAGCAUGAAAAGAAAUCAUUUGGAGCUACAGAUCUAAACGGAACAGAUAUUGUUCCUAAUUAUGAUGAAAAGGAUUAUAAGUUCAUUAAAAGCAAGCUUGAUUACUAUAAGGAACUCGAUGAAUACGCAGAAAUCGAAGCUGACAUGGAUGAACUUGAAAUUGAAGAUUACGAAACAGUUACAAAGGAGAACAAAGAAAAGGCACUGCAAGAAGGAAGAGACGCAAUAAAACAAAUGUUUAAAGACAAAGGAUUUGAUGAAACAGAUUUAAACAAUUUUGAAAGAGAAAAUGACGAAAAAAUCAAAGAAAUAUAUAGUAAAUGCUGUGAUAUUGGCAAGCAGCUCAAGGAUAGGAAAUAUAUUUACACAGAUUGGCUUGCUCCAAUUGAAAACGCUAAUGCUCAAGUAUCUGUGGAACCAGAAAUGUCAGUCAAAGAAAAUUAUUAA